CAGAUCCCAGCAGCUCGGUGCCGGCCCCAGCAGUCCAGACGCGCUUGCAAGCGCAUCGCGUUUCUUCGCGUUCACCUCAAGCGGCCCGGGCUGCACGGCACACGAUUACGACCUUGCGUCCCCCGCAAUCACCUUUAGCUUGUGCCGUUGUCUUAGAUUGGGCCUCCGUAUCCCCUCAGCCGUCUCGGGGUAGCAAAAGCUGUCGUCGCGGCAAGAUGGGAGAGAACUCGGCCACCGCGAUCCGCACUCCUGCGAAAACGCCGUCCACGGCAAAGAAGGCGCCCUCGACCGGCAAGCAGCAGAGCAUCCUCGGCUUCUUCUCUAGGACAGGUGCAGCUAGCUCUGUCGCAGGAGCAACUCCAUCGCCAUCUGCCAGGUCUGCAUCCACGACCACCACCAAGAGGGACGCGUCGCCGCAAUGCUUGAAAGAGACGACGACCAAGUCCAACUCGAUGCUCGUGUCGAGGCGCACCGCCACCGCCACGCCCGUCCCCAGCAGCGACGCGCUUGAACCCUCAAGCUCCCAGGAAAACAGAGACGCGAGCACCACCAAGGUGGCUAGCCUUACCCGUCUCUCUCCCGCCGCUACUCCUGCUAAGAUCGUGAAGAAACAGCCCGUCAGCGCAAAGCCCAGCCUUCACAGCAGUCCAUCUCGGAAAGCCAAAAAGGUCGUUAACUACGCCGAGUCCUCUGACGAAGAUGACGACGCCAUUUUUGCUGCGCUGAAGCCCAGGAGAUCCCGACAACGCCGUUCGCGUGCCGCAGUCUCAGACGAGGAGGACGAGGACACAUACCAGGAUGAGGCCGACAACGCUGAAGACGAUGACGAUUUUGUGGUCUCUGACGAUUCCGAUGCGCCCUCCAAGUCGAAGAAGAGGAAGCGCCCGCCGUCCAGGCCUACAGCCCCACGCAAGAAGUCCAACCUUUCGUCCUCUCCCGGCCCCGAUUUACCCGUUCCAGCGGACGACGAUGAAAUCAUGGAGGACAUCCCACCGUCGACGUCCACUGCCCAGAAAUGGAAGUAUGACCCAGACAAUGUGCAUCCCAGCGGCCCUACAUCACGCGUUCCUCCUCCCGCACAGAAGUCCACUGGCCCGAAACCGAAACCCAAGCCACACAGUAAGGAGCCGGAAGAACGGUACCCCUGGCUGGCCAACAUCCUAGACGGCAACAAGAACCCUCCUGGCCACCCGGACUUUGACCCAACGUCAAUCUACAUUCCUCCAUCAGCCGAAAGGGGCUUUUCGGCAUUCGAGAAGCAGUACUGGGACAUCAAGAAGAACCUCUGGGAUACAAUCGUCUUCUUCAAGAAGGGCAAGUUCUAUGAGCUCUACGAGAACGACGCCACCAUCGGACACCAGCUGUUUGACCUGAAGCUUACCGACCGCGUCAACAUGCGCAUGGUUGGCGUCCCCGAGAGCUCUCUGGACAUGUGGGUGAACCAGUUCGUCGCCAAAGGCUUCAAGGUCGCGCGUGUCGAUCAGAUGGAGUCUGCCCUAGGCAAGGAGAUGCGCGAACGCGAGAGCAACGACAAGAAGGCCGAGAAGAUUAUCCGAAGAGAGCUUACAUGCAUCCUGACCGGCGGCACGCUUGUGGACGGCGCCAUGCUGCAGGAUGACAUGGCCACGUACUGCGCGGCCAUCAAAGAGUCCGUGGUAGAUGAGAAGCCUGCUUUCGGCAUUGCCUUUGUUGAUGCUGCCACUGGCCAGUUUUUCCUUUCCGAGUUUGAGGACGAUGUGGACCUAACAAAGUUCGAAACCUUCGUCGCUCAGACAUCUCCACGGGAACUGGUUUUGGAGAAGUCCCGCUUAUCAUCGAAGGCUUUGCGCAUCCUGAAAAACAACACCGGACCAACCACCAUCUGGAACUACCUGAAGCCCGGAACGGAGUUCUGGGACGCUGAUCUUGCGAGGCGCGAGCUGGAUUGCAGCGGCUAUUUCACAUCGGAGGAAGGCCAGGAGGUCGUUUGGCCGAAGAAGCUCGGUGAGGCGAGGGAGAAAGACCUGGCCAUGUCGGCCCUCGGGGGCCUGACUCACUACCUCCGAAUCCUGAAGCUCGACCAGAGCCUGUUGUCUCAAGGGAACUUCGAAUCGUACAACCCCAUUCACCGCAACGGGACUCUUAUCCUGGACGGCCAAAGCCUCAUCAAUCUGGAGGUUUUCGCCAACACAGUCAACGGCGGCCCCGAAGGCACUUUGUUCAGUCUCCUCAACAGGUGCAUCACUCCGUUCGGAAAGCGCCUUUUCCGCCAGUGGGUGUGCCAUCCGCUGUGCAACAUCCAGAAGAUCAACGAGAGGCUCGACGCCGUCGACAUGUUGAUCGCAGACCGCAGCAUCCUGCAGCAGUUUUCGUCCCAGAUGGCCAAGAUGCCCGACCUGGAGAGGCUCAUCUCGCGCAUCCAUGCCGGUGCCUGCAGGCCCGAAGACUUUGUCCGAGUCUUGGAAGGGUUCGAGCAGAUCGAUUACACCAUGGCGCUCCUCGGUGCGUUUGGCGGCGGCAACGGCCUCGUCGAUAGGCUCAUCGCGUCCAUGCCUAAUCUGAAGGAGCCGUUGGGUUACUGGGAGACCGCCUUCGACAGGAGGAAGGCUCGGGACAGCAAGCUGCUCAUCCCGGAGAGAGGCGUCGAGGAAGACUUUGACAGAAGCCAAGACGAGCUGGCGCGUAUCAAGGACGAACUCCACGCGCUACUAGAGCGGCAAAAGACCGCCCUAAAGUGCAAGACGUUGAAGUUCACGGACGUCGGCAAAGAGAUCUACCAGAUUGAGGUACCCAAAUCCGUCAAAGUGCCUGCGAGCUGGCGUCAAAUGUCUGCCACCUCCGCCGUCAAGCGAUAUUACUUCAGAGAGCUGGAGGAUCUCGUCCGGGAGCUCCAGGAGGCCGAGGAGACGCACUCGCAGAUCGUGAAGGAGGUCGCUUCCCGGUUCUUCAGGCGGUUUGACAUGGACUACGAAGUCUGGCUGCAGGCUAUCCGCAUCAUCGCUCAGCUGGACUGUCUGAUCAGCUUAGCCAAGUCCUCGUCCGCACUCGGCAUGCCCAGCUGCCGCCCGGUGUUCGUGGACGACGAACGGAGCGUGGUGGAGUUCAAGGAGCUCCGCCACCCCUGCAUGGCAAACACCGUGGCCGACUUUAUCCCCAACGACAUCAAGCUCGGCGGCGACGAGGCCAAGAUCAACCUGCUGACGGGCGCCAACGCAGCCGGCAAGUCUACCAUCCUCCGCAUGUCCUGCAUCGCCGUCAUCAUGGCCCAAAUCGGCUGCCACGUGCCGGCCGCAUCGGCGCGGCUCACCCCGAUCGACCGCAUCAUGUCGCGCCUGGGCGCCAACGACAACAUCUUCGCGGCGCAGAGCACCUUCUUCGUCGAGCUGUCCGAGACGAAGAAGAUCCUGGCCGAGGCGACGCCGCGCUCGCUCGUCAUCCUGGACGAGCUCGGCCGGGGCACGUCGUCGUACGACGGCGUGGCCGUGGCCCAGGCCGUCCUGCACCACGUCGCCUCGCACAUCGGCUGCGUCGGCUUCUUCGCCACGCACUACCACAGCCUGGCCGCCGAGUUCGCGCACCACCCGGAGGUGCGCGCGCGCCGCAUGCAGAUCCGCGUCGACGAGCGCGAGCGCCGCGUCACCUUCCUCUACCGCCUCGAGGACGGCGUCGCCGAGGGCUCCUUCGGCAUGCACUGCGCCGCCAUGUGCGGCAUCCCCCGCAGGGUCAUCGACCGCGCCGAGGUCGCCGCCCGCGAGUGGGAGCACACCAGCCGCCUCAAGGAGAGCCUCGAGAGGGCCAAGAUGGGCUGCUAUCUCCCGCUGGGCGUGCUUAGUGAUGUCGCGAGUUUGCUGAGGGGCGGGGACGGGAGAGAGGGUGGUGAGGUUGGGGAGCGCGGGGUGGAGGUUUUGCUGCGCGCUAUCGAGGCGCUUUGACGAGGUGUGCUUGUGCUUGUGGUCGCUUUGCUCGGUUGGGUUAAUAAUGGCUUGUGUGGUUCGAUGGUCGGCACACAAGCGCUUGGCUAAGCGGUACUGGGAUCAUCAAGGCGGUUGGCGCAUGGCUUGUCGGAAUCAGUGUGCUUUUCUAGAGAGCUCUCCUGUUUGCUGUAAUAUUUCGGUACUUGCGGGUUUUAGAUACCUCCCUCUGUUGAGGGCUACUAAUGCGAUGGCUUUGUUUUGAUAUCAGGUCAGGAAGAUUCUUGAGUGCGGGAGGGCGGCUUCUUCAAGG